GAAGGGCCGGAGAUUAACAAGCAGGAGCGGUGGCGGUAGUGACGGGUGGAGGAGCUCGGCCCGGCUCAGAGGCGGCAGCGGUAGUGGCCUGGGGUUGGGCGGGUCGGCGGACCCUGCUGUGGAGAUGGCCAACAUCGCAGUGCAGAGGAUCAAGCGGGAGUUCAAGGAGGUGUUGAAGAGCGAGGAGACAAGCAAAAAUCAAAUUAAAGUAGAUCUUGUAGAUGAAAAUUUUACAGAACUAAGAGGAGAAAUAGCAGGACCUCCGGACACACCAUAUGAAGGAGGAAGAUAUCAACUAGAAAUAAAAAUUCCAGAAACAUAUCCAUUUAAUCCUCCUAAGGUGCGGUUUAUCACCAAAAUAUGGCAUCCUAAUAUAAGCUCAGUCACUGGAGCUAUUUGUUUGGAUAUUCUAAAAGAUCAAUGGGCUGCAGCAAUGACUCUAAGGACAGUAUUGUUAUCUUUGCAAGCACUCUUGGCAGCUGCAGAACCUGAUGAUCCACAAGAUGCAGUAGUUGCAAAUCAGUACAAACAAAAUCCAGAAAUGUUUAAACAGACAGCUCGGCUUUGGGCACACGUGUAUGCUGGAGCACCAGUUUCUAGUCCAGAAUACACCAGAAAAAUAGAAAACCUUUGUGCUAUGGGCUUUGAUAGGAAUGCAGUAAUAGUGGCCUUGUCAUCAAAAUCAUGGGAUGUAGAGACAGCAACAGAGCUACUUCUGAGUAACUGAGCCAUGUGUAGAGAACUGCUUCUGUAGUCCAGCUUGCCCCUUCAUGAGGAGCAUCACCAUCUUUUAUUUUUAGGUUUCUAUAUAGAUUCUCUUUUAAAACUGGCAUUCUUGCCUGAUACUAUCUAGGCACUAUUGGAGACUGAAAAAACUGCUCUGUAAAUAAAGCUUAAUUAAACGUCUGUGUAAAUUUAAAAAGGGGAAAAUACUUUAAUUUUUUUCUUACUAAAUAUUGUAAAUUCCUUGAGCUUGGCUAAAACAAUGGGGAUGACAUGCCUACUUUAGUGUUAGCAGUGUGACCAAGACUAGCAGGAAUUUGCACCAGGAUUUUGACUUUUAUGAAUUAUUUCAGAACACUUCUGAUUGUGUCCGUAAUCAUCAGUUGUUGAUGUCACUCAUCCCAGCUACCUUACUUUUUUUAACAUGGAUCCUAUGUGCCUGUGGACUGACCUUAUAUUUGCAUGCUUGUACUUUACAUAGACACUUUAAAAAGUAGGGGUAAACUGAACACAGCACCACCAUCUGAAGCACUUGAGUAUUCAUCCUUGUAACUUUUUCCUAAGAUUUUCCAAAUAUGCUCAUAGAUCAAAAUGAGGCCCACUCAGAAACAUUUUCACCACCUAAAAAGUAGCAAUCCUGCAUAUAUUCCUUGCUCCCGGCCCUCACUCAGCUCCUUACACAACAAUUUCAUGCUAGGCAGAAUUGGUGGGUAUGUGCCAUUUGAAUUAGCUUAGUUGUCCACUUCAAGUGGUUUAUUUUGCAUAACCAGUGAAAGUGUUUCAACCAUUGUAAUUUCUACACAAUUGUAUAAAGGUUUGGUAUAUCUGGACAUAGCACAAACAAGUGGAGCUGCUCUUUUGUUUCUUAUGCAGAAAUCAAACCUCUUUCAAUAAAUUCUGGAUAGAAUGAAUUCACUGAGAAGAACUGGUUCUCUGUUAACAUUGAGAAUGCCACCUCUUUUCCCUAGUAUUUGCUGUGAUGCAAUCAGUUUUGGGGCAAUAGCUUCCUAGUUUUCUUUUGGAUAUAAUUUUAGUAGAGUUUGCUGAUAAAGAAUUUUACCAAGUCCUCUUGCGUGCAUUUUUCCCUAGUUAACACUUGAAAGUCUUGUUCGGGUUUUUACUGUACAUAUGUUAAAUGCCAGUAGACAUUUCUUCUGGAUUGAUGUUUCUGCUAAAACAAAUGUACAUAUAGUCAAUAUUUCUAUUCAUUCAGAGAGAUCUAAAAUCUCAGUCGUAAAUUUUUAUAAGUCCAAACGCGCGUACCUUUGUUGAAAGUUGUAAUAUUACAGAACUGAAUAAGCAGGAUAUCUGAACAAAUGGAAAGGAUGUGAGGGUACAUCCUUAGAAAUAAAAUUCUACAAAGUUAUUCUUCCCCACUCCCCAUUUUGUUGUUAGGAAUGUUUCCAUUAGUCAAUUUUUAAACAGAUAAUGGACUUUAUCACCACUUAUACUACUGUUACAUUGUGUAAUUUAAACCUCUGAUGCAAAGUGGAAAAGUAGAAGAAAUGGGAAUGACCUAUCUAACGCAGGAUUCUUUUCUACAAUAUGUCUAAUUGUUGUUUGAAAUUAUUAGGACACAGGUAGAAAAAUAAAUUGUAGCUUCUAUCCCUGCAAUGUGGAACACUGAUAUCUCUUCACUCCUAUUUAUGCAUUCAGUGAUUGUGUGGUUUUAUCUUGCAGUCAUGUAAAUCACUUUUGGAUGCCAAAGGAAAUAAGAUUGUGGGGGGGGUCCUUUAUUUAUUUAUUUUUACAAGCUGCUGCUUCUCAACAACAUUUUUGAGAAAUCAUAGCCAGGGUCAACAUAACCCUGGUCCAUCUGCCAUGUGUGUUUGUAUUUUUUUAAUGGUCUCUAUUUUGACGAAUUAAUCUACAUCAUUGUUACCCUGGUGGUAAUUUUGUAAACAGCUCAAUAGAUUACAUUUUUUUUCUUUUCCUUGCAAUUUAUUAAAGAACUUGAAAGUGGCUAGAUGGGAUAAAAUGUCUUCUGCUUUUCCAUCUAGAUAAUCUUUCCAGGGAAGCUUUCUGUGAUUGUGUCAAAUGAGAUUAGAAAGGCUUUGAACACAGGAGAAAAAGCUUAUGCUAAACAUACCUACAGGCUUGGUUUUGUUUUUUUGCUACAUUACUCAUUACAAAACUUCUUUGUGUGUGUGUGUGGGGGGGGCGUGAUGAGAGAAUUUACACGUGACUGUACAGGUGCUAGGUUUCUUUUCUUGGAUAUUUGUGUACUUGAGAGGUGAAAGUAAGAAAGUGCUACAUUGAAUAAGGAUUAUUAAUUGAAACUGAUGGCAGUUGGGUCUUUUGAGUCAUUAGAAGUAUGUGUAUAGUGCUUGAUAGAUAAUUGGGCUGAAUAAGUUUAAAUGCUGCUAGGAGGAAUAUAAAUGCAGCAUAUCUUUGACUUGGAAAUGCUAACUAUUCAGUAUAUCUUCCAUUUUCUUUUUAUUACUCUAAUAAAAUAAAUUGGUGAGCA